AGUCGCUCUUCCCACCAGAUUAGCUACAACAAUACAACAAGUAUUUCACCAUUAGAAUAGAUAACAUGUAAUUGCGACACGAAACCCGAAUCAGACCAAACCAAAGCACUUCCCGCGGAGCAUUAGCAGAAGUUCAAAGUCAUCACAACUUGGCAGUACUAAGGGGUACAAAUUAGAUUUUACUUUCGUGUCAAUAUUCAUGAAACUCUCGACAUUCGACGGGUACGCACGUAGCGCGCAAAUGGUGGCGGAAUAUUGUUAUUAGAAGACCCCCCGCACACUUUUCCCAAAAAAUUCUGAAGUGAGAGACCCGGAUAAGAUCGUGAGCGAAAUGAGCGAACCGCUGGCAUUGGCGAGCAGCGGCGUGGUGGAUCCGCCACCCACUUCUUCUUCUACUUCCGCCUCUAUUUCCAACCUGCCGCUGCCCACAGUUUCGCAGGGAUCGGGAUCCAAACAGGGUAUGGACCUAGAGGAUCCCCGAAACAACGGAUUCUUCCUCUGGAAAUGGUUGUGUAACUGGACAUCCAGCUCACCGACCAUGCUACGCGCCGUAGAGAAAAAGAUACUGUCAUACGUGAAGUUGCCCUACCGGGGCUUCUUCGUAGAUAUUGGACCGGCUGUGGGCGAGGCGGACAAAAUCUGGACUAUCAGCAUGAACACCGAGUCCAAGGAGGUACCCCUCGUACUGCUUCAUGGCUUAGGAGCUGGGAUUGCCCUGUGGGUAAUGAACCUUGAUGCCUUUGCUAAGGGUCGGCCUGUCUACGCCAUGGAUAUUCUCGGAUUCGGGCGCAGCUCGCGACCGUUGUUCGCAAAAGAUGCGCUUGUGUGCGAAAAGCAAUUUGUUAAAUCGGUGGAAGAGUGGCGCCGCGAGAUGAACAUCAAUGACAUGAUUCUGCUGGGCCACUCGAUGGGCGGAUUCAUUGCCUCCAGCUACGCCCUUUCGUACCCAGAGCGGGUCAAACAUCUUAUAUUGGCAGAUCCCUGGGGCUUUCCUGAGAAGCCCUCGGAUUCGACCAACGGCAAAACUAUACCGCUCUGGGUGCGGGCCAUAGCUAGAGUUCUGACCCCCCUCAAUCCGCUGUGGGCUCUGCGCGCCGCCGGACCUUUUGGUCAGUGGGUGGUGCAAAAGACUCGCCCAGAUAUUAUGCGUAAGUUCCAGAGCACCAUCGAGGAGGACAUUAAUCUGCUGCCGCAAUACAUACACCAGUGCAAUGCUCAGAGUCCCAGUGGUGAGUCCGCCUUCCACACAAUGAUGCAAUCCUUCGGCUGGGCCAAACAUCCCAUGAUCCACCGCAUAAAGGACGUCCGCAGCGACAUACCCAUCACAUUCAUUUACGGUUCACGAUCGUGGAUUGAUUCUUCGUCGGGAGAGAAGAUUAAGUCGCAACGCGGCAGCAACAUGGUGGACAUCAAGAUCGUGACGGGCGCCGGCCACCACGUGUACGCCGACAAGCCAGACGUCUUUAACCGCUACGUGAACGAGACCUGUGAUAUGUACAAGGUGGCCGGUGGCAAACUGAUCACGCCCCUGCAGCUAAUCGGCGAGACCACGGAAUCCGAUGAAGAGCGCGAACCUAGCCUGAGCACAGCGAAGACCGUAGAGGUCCAGCCGGAUGUGCAACCGGUGCCUGAAGCCGUCACCGCGGCCGACACAUCCACGCCGACCAGUGACGAACUGUCGGCCAAUGUCAAACCGAAGUGAGCAGGAGCAGUGGGGCUCGUGGAGAAUCAAACAAAUCACAGCUCGCCUGCCAGCAUGUAUCUAUUAGCUUAGUGUCUUUGCCUAGUAUUAAAUGGUCAUCUUAUCCACUCAGCCGUUAUUUUUACUCUCUAUAGUAUAGUCAAUCUUGGCUAAUUGGAAUAAAGCCAAGCAGGCACAUUCUAAUUUAUAUUUUUUGAGAUUUCAAGUUAUACAAAUACUGUUCAUUAUAUAGCUUAAAUAUAUUUGUUACAAAAGCA